GAUAUGGUUACACAAGCUCAGCAGGAAAUAACUUUACAGCAGAUAAUGGCACAUCUGGACUCCAUUCGGAAAGAUAUGGUCAUCCUGGAGAAAAGUGAAUUUGCAAACUUGAGAGCAGAGAAUGAGAAAAUGAAAAUUGAAUUAGAUCAAGUUAAACAGCAGCUAAUGAAUGAAACUGGUAAAAUCCGAGCCGACAGCAAGCUAGACAUAAACCUGGAAAGGAGCAGAGUGACAGAUAUGUUUACAGACCAGGAGAGGAAACUGAUGGAAGCAACUACAGAGUUUCAUAAAAAAGAUUCAAGCACCAACAGUGUUAUCUCAGAGAUCAGUAAUAAAAUUGACACUGAAAUAGCUUCCUUAAAAACACUCAUGGAAUCCAAUAAACUCGAUACAAUACGUUAUCUGGCAGCUUCAGUGUUCACUUGCUUAGCAAUAGCACUGGGAUUUUACAGGUUCUGGAAAUAGAUCUAAAUGGAGUGACUGCAUGAAAUACAGAUGAAGAAACAGCCAUCCAGGCAACAUCAGCUCAAGGAUCAUGUUUACGCUGUAGAUAACCUUGACUGUUCUGUAAUCCUGUGGGGG